AUGCCUUCAAGUCAACCGACUGCUGGCCAUCUGGCUGUGCAGCCUCAAUACCUUUCCUCACAACCAUCUGCAGCAGCAGCAAAGUCGGAGCCAAACCGAAACCCAAAAUACAACCCCAAACAGCCACACAUCACAGACACCAAAAUCUCAAGAAAGAAUUGGCAUAAGCACGUCAACUGGCUCAAUGUCACUCUCAUUGUGAGUGCUCCAGCCGUUGUUGAGAGGGGCACAUGGCUAAUGGAGAAACAGGUCAUCGUCCCAAUGCUUGGGCUCCUCACUGCCAUAUGGACCCCUCUGAAGUGGCAGACAGCCAUCUUUGCCAUCAUUUACUAUUACUUCUCCGGCCUGGGCAUCACAGCUGGCUAUCAUAGACUAUGGGCACACUCAAGCUACUCAGCAACCCUCCCACUUCGCGUAUUCCUUGCCCUAACAGGCGCCGGUGCUGUUGAGGGUAGCGUGAGGUGGUGGGCGAGGGAUCAUAGGGCUCAUCAUCGGUUUGUUCUGCCAUACGAAUGCUGGAAAGCGUCGCUGACACGAUGGAUGGUGAUGAAGCAGAAUCCCCGCCGUAUCGGCCGCACCGAUAUCAGCGACCUGAAUGAAGAUCCUGUCGUCGUAUGGCAACAUCGCCACUACCUCAAGAUCGUCAUCUUCAUGGGCUUGAUUCUCCCCACAAUCUUCUGCGGCCUCCUCUGGAACGAUUUCAAGGGCGGCUUUGUCUACGCGGGCAUCCUCCGCAUCUUCUUCGUCCAGCAAGCCACCUUCUGCGUCAACUCUCUCGCCCACUGGCUCGGCGACCAGCCAUUUGACGACAGAAACUCACCCCGUGACCACGUUCUCACGGCUCUCGUAACACUAGGCGAAGGCUAUCACAACUUCCACCACGAAUUCCCCUCCGACUACCGCAACGCCCUUGACUGGUGGCAAUACGACCCCACAAAAUGGAGCAUCUACCUCUGGAAACAAAUGGGCCUCGCUUUCGACCUCAAACAAUUCCGCGCCAACGAAAUCGAAAAAGGCCGCGUGCAGCAACAACAAAAGAAACUCGAUCUCAAACGCUCAAAGCUCGAUUGGGGCGUCCCGCUGAACCAACUCCCCGUCCUAGAAUGGGACGACUACAAAGACCAAACCAACAACGGACGCUCUCUCAUCGCCGUGGCGGGCGUCGUCCACGACGUCACCAACUUCAUCAAAGACCACCCUGGCGGCAAAGCGAUGAUCUCGUCUGGCAUCGGCAAAGACGCGACGGCGAUGUUCAACGGGGGUGUGUACACGCACUCGAACGCGGCGCAUAAUCUGUUGAGUACGAUGAGAGGGGGCUGCGAGGUCGAGAUCUGGAAGCGCGCGCAGAAGGAGAAUAAGGACGUGCAGUAUAGUGUUGAUGGACAGGGGCAGAAGAUCAUCAGGGCGGGGAAUCAGCCGACGAAGAUUGAGGAGCCUGCCGGUACUGCGGGGGCUGCUUGA